AUGUCACAGUUCACCUACACCGCUAAUCCCAGUCGGGUAAUUUUUGGCAGCGGCACUCUCUCGCAAAUAGCCACUGAAGUCUCGACGCAAGGAUUUACUGCCGCCAUGAUCUUAUGUACGCCAUAUCAAGUUGAUGAUGCCCGUCGCAUCGAGCACCUCCUGGGGGCGAAAGCCUCCCACAUUUUCUCCGAAGCCACAAUGCAUACGCCCACCUCCAUCACCGAAAAGGCUCUCGCCAUCGUGGAGAACAAGAAAGUUGAUUGUUUGGUAUCAAUCGGAGGCGGCAGCACGACAGGUCUGGGGAAGGCGAUCAGCAUACGGACUGGCAUCUACCACAUCUGCAUACCCACGACCUACGCAGGCAGUGAGAUGACGUCCAUUCUAGGCCAGACCAGCCAGGGAUUGAAGACGACGAUCAAAGACCCUCGCGUUCUGCCCGGAACUGUGAUCUACGAUGUUGACCUCACCAAGACAUUGCCUGCGGGAUUGAGUGCAACAAGCGGCAUCAACGCCAUCGCGCACGCUGCUGAAGCUCUCUACGCGCCUGAUUCCAAUCCGAUCAUUCGGCUGAUAGCUCGAGAAGGUAUCCGCGCGCUCGCAGAAGCGCUUCCCGAUAUCAUGAAAGACCAGGAGAGUCAUGACGCGAGGUAUAAGGCGUUGUAUGGCGCGUGGCUUUGUGGGAUGUGCUUGGGAAGUACGACUAUGUCGCUGCACCACAAGUUGUGUCAUACCCUCGGCGGCUCGUUUGAUCUGCCGCAUGCGGAGACGCAUACUAUAUUGCUGCCGCACACUCUUGCAUACAACUGUCCCGCAGCACCUACGUUAGAUGCAGAAUUGGCGGAGUUGCUGCCUGGAGGGUAUAGUAGCGGGAUCGAGGGCUUGAACAGGCUGUUGGAUCAGCUCAAUGUGAAGCGGGCUCUGAAGGACUUUUGGUUUAACGAAGAUGACAUCGAUAGAGCUGCAUCGAUUGCAAUGGAGAAUCAGUACGCAAAUCCGCGGAAAGUGGAGAGGGAGAAGAUAUGCGAACUUCUCAGGCGAGCGUGGGCUGGUGAGCCUGCGAGAGUAGAUGGAUAG